UUUUUUUGUUUCAGUUACGGUAAAACUCUGGAUUUUUGCCAAAUUCUUUGAACUUUCAAAAGUGCAAAUCUCUUUAGGAGGUUUAGUCUUUUUAAAUAUUUUUUCAGAGGUUAAAAAUUAAAUUUCACAAGAAUUCCUGGUGUAGAGAUAGUCAUCAACAGAGGCACCGACCCUGACUAUCUCCAGCAUGAAGCUUAUUCGUGUUGCUCUGUUAUUUUUGUGCUGCUACUUAAGUUUUUGUAAGCGCAGUUUAACAUCAGACACACCUCAAGAGGAUCUCAUAGACAAAAAGUGCUUAACAGAAAAAUACACACAUCUCUCCUGUAAUAAAGUCUUCUGCCAACCGUGGCAGAAAUGCAUCGACGGAACCUGUGUUUGUAAGCUCCCUUAUCAGUGCCCAAAGAAUGGUACUUCGGUUUGUUCAACUAAUGGAAGAAGCUAUCCAACAUACUGUCAGCAAAAGAGUUUUGAAUGUCUUCGUCCAGAGGCAAAAUUUUUAAAUAAUGGAAAAUGCACACCUGAAGGACAAUUCAGUGUUUCUGUGAAUUAUAGAAACACGAAUUCAGAAGGAAUUGUUGAAGUAAAACUUGUGGACCAAGAUGAAAAGAUGUUCAUCUGUAAAAACAGCUGGAGCAUAACACAGGCCAACGUGGCUUGCCGUGACCUUGGAUUUCAACAAGGUGCUUUUGAUGCUCAAACUAAUUUUAAUCUUCCCAACCAUCUUCAUAUAAAUGACACUGAGUGUCUGCACGUGCAUUGUCGAGGAUUAGAAACCAGUUUGGCUGAAUGUACUUUUACUAAGAGAACUACCGGGUACCAGGGUUUAGCUGGUGUGAUAUGUUACACCCAGAGCGUCGAAGAUUUUGUACGAAAGGACAACAUCUUUCAGUGUGUGAAUGGAAAGCGCAUUUCUCAGGAGGAGGCCUGUGAUGGUCUUAAUAACUGUGGAGAUCAAAGUGAUGAGCUGUGCUGUAAAGAGUGUCGGGGUAACAGUUUCCUUUGUAAAUCAGGUGUUUGUAUUCCAAAAGAGUAUAAGUGCAAUGGAGAGGUGGACUGCAUCACAGGAGAAGAUGAAAUUGGUUGCCAAGAACGUCGACAUCCUGAACUUCAAGGUUUUGAACUUAUGCCACGAGCAGCUGGACGUCUUGGACUUCAAGGCCUUGAAACUGUGGCACGAGGCCCCGAACCUGAGAUAGAAGAAGACACGAAACUCUUGACAGCUGAUAUGGAUGCAGAAAGAAAACGGAUAAAGUCACUUUUACCUAAGCUAUCCUGUGGAGUUACAAACAGCGAGCAUAUUCGAAGGAAACGAGUCGUGGGAGGAAAGGCAGCAGAAGCGGGGGACUUCCCAUGGCAGGUGGCCAUUAGGGAUGGUGAAAAAAUCAACUGUGGAGGAAUUUAUAUUGGUGGCUGUUGGAUUCUGACCGCUGCACAUUGUGUAAGAGUCAGUAAAGCUCACCGUUACCAAAUAUGGACAGCAUUCCUAGACUGGUUAAAACCUAACUCUGAGCUAACAGUUUUUUGGGUGAAUAAAGUGAUUAUCCAUGAAAACUACAAUGGAGCCACCUAUGAAAAUGACAUAGCUUUGAUUGAAAUGAAAAAAUAUUCAAACCAAAGAGAAUGUGAGCUGCAUCAUUCCAUCCCUGCCUGUGUCCCCUGGUCUCCAUAUCUCUUUCAACCCAAUGAUAAAUGCGUCGUGUCUGGCUGGGGCAGAGAAAAAGAUAACCAAAAAGUCUAUUCGCUCAAGUGGGGUGAAGUUAAGUUAAUAGGCAACUGCUCUAAGUUUUACCAAGAUCGCUACUAUGAGAAAAAAAUGCAAUGUGCAGGUACAGAUGAUGGCUCCAUUGAUGCCUGUAAAGGGGACUCUGGAGGCCCCUUAGUCUGCAUGGAUAUUAACAACGUGGCCUAUGUUUGGGGGGUUGUGAGUUGGGGUGAAAACUGUGGAAAACCGGAUUUCCCAGGCGUUUACACCAAAGUGGCCAAUUAUUUCGACUGGAUUAGCCAGCAUGUGGGACGGUCUCUUAUUUCUCAGCACAAUGUGUAAAACUGUGAUCUCUCUCCUCUCUCUUCUUUUCCUCUGUCAGGAGUUUCAUUUUAAUUGUGCCUAAGUAAUACUUCUCUAGGAAAAAUAUAAUGAAGUAAGUUUGAUUGGCUAUUUUUAAAGUUUUCUACAAAGUUCAUGCCCUAUUGGAUCUUGCUGUAUAAUUCUCAAAUAAAUAUUUUAGUCAAGCAUACAUAUUUUAGUUACCAGAAAAUUUGAAUGAAUUCUCUCUUUAUAGAGGAGUAAUGUAUAGCCUACACUAAAGCUUUAGCUAGUUGAGUGAAUCU